AUGCCUUUGUCUGAGUCAAAUGCGUCUAGGAUGGACGAGGCAUUGGAGGUGCUGGGGUCAGUCCCACUAAUCGAUGGGCAUAAUGAUUGGCCCCAUCUCAUUCGUGGAUUUUAUGACAACCAGCUAGAUGAGCGCUUUGAUCCGAACAAGAACCUCGUCGGCCAUGUCGAUCUGAAGCGGCUACUUCAAGGGAAGUCUGGGGGCGCCUUUUGGAGCGUAUACGUCGACUGCCCAGAGUCAGAUGACUUCAGCGACAAUGCUGCGUAUUUCGAGAUAAUCCGAGACACGAUGCAACAAAUAGAUCUCGUUCAUCGGUUGGUACGACUGUACAGAAAGCACACGGGACUGGUUAAAAGAGCAUCCGACAUUAUGGCCUUGCAUCGCGAAGGCAGGUUUGCUAGCCUUAUUGGGGUCGAAGGUUUGCACCAAAUUGGUGUCCGGUAUGUGACGCUGGCACACAACAAGAACAAUCUAUAUGCCGACAGUGCUACUGCAACGACUCCAGCACACGAUGGACUCUCUGUCUAUGGGAGGGACAUGGUUCGAGAAAUGAAUAGAAUUGGAAUAAUUAUCGAUCUCUCUCAUACUAGCGAGGCCGUAAUGCGGCAGACCCUUGACAUAUCAGCAGCCCCGGUUAUCUUUUCUCACUCGUCAAUAGAAUCAAUAGUUCCACACGUUCGAAAUGUACCCGACUCAAUCCUAGAGAAGCUCCAGCAAAAUAAUGGUGUGAUUAUGAUCUCCUUCAUACCAUCUCUAACGACUGUGGAUAGUGUAAGAGCGACACUUGAUCACAUAGUUGAUCACAUCAUACACGUCGCUGAGUUGAUCGGCUAUGACCACAUUGGCCUCGGAUCUGAUUUUGAUGGCAUGUUCAGCGCUGUUAAGGGCAUCGAUGAUGUCUCUCAAUACCCAGCGCUGAUCCUUGGGCUCAAUAUUAUCCGGGUGUUAGAGCAAGUCGAAACCGUAUCUGCAUCUUGCCAAGACAAGCUACCAGUCAUGGUCGAGAGCAUUAAACAGCUAUGGAAUGAUGAGUUCAGGGCCACAGUCAGACAACACUACCCCGAAGCGGAACAUGAUAUACCAAGGACGGAAUUCACCAAGUAG